AUGUCUCCGAUGGCGGCGGCGGCGUUCCUUUCCUGCGGCGCCUUCGGUUGCCCGGCAGCGGCGACGCCUCCUUGCCCAGUGAGCAGGAGGAGAGCCUUCUCCUCGGUGGUGGCCAUGGCUUCCGCAGCCCAGGUGAGAGCUCCGAGCAGGAAGCCGUUCGCCCCUCCUCGCGAGGUGCACCGGCCCGUGGCGCACUCGCUGCCGCCGCAGAAGCGGGAGAUCUUCGAGUCGCUCGACUCGUGGGCGGCGGACAACAUCCUGGUGCUCCUCAAGCCCGUGGAGAGGUCGUGGCAACCGCAGGACUACCUGCCGGACGCCGCCUCCGAGUCCUUCGCCGACGAGGUCCGGGAGCUGCGGGAGCGCGCCCGGGAGAUCCCCGACGACUACUUCGUCUGCUUCGUGGGCGACAUGGUCACCGAGGAGGCGCUGCCGACGUACCAGACCAUGCUCAACACCCUGGACGGCGGCGUCCGCGACGAGACCGGCGCCAGCCCCACCAGCUGGGCGGUGUGGACCAGGGCCUGGGCCGCCGAGGAGAACAGGCACGGCGACCUCAUGAACAAGUACCUCUUCCUCACGGGGAGGGUGGACAUGAGGCAGAUCGAGAAGACCAUCCAGUACCUCAUCGCCUCAGGGAUGGACCCCAAGACGGAGACGAACCCGUACAUGGGCUUCGUCUACACGUCGUUCCAGGAGCGCGCCACCUUCAUCUCCCACGGCAACACGGCGCGCCACGCCAGGCGGUACGGCGACACCAAGCUGGCGCAGAUCUGCGGCACCAUCGCCGCCGACGAGAAGCGGCACGAGUCGGCGUACGAGCGGAUCGUCGGCAAGCUGUUCGAGGUGGACCCGGACUACACGGUGCGCGCCUUCGCCGACACCAUGAGGAAGAAGGUGGCCAUGCCCGCGCACCUCAUGUACGACGGCCAGGACGACGCGCUGUUCGCGCGCUUCAGCGCCGUCGCGCAGCGCCUGGGGUCUACACGGCCAGGGACUACACCGACAUCCUCGAGUUCCUGGUCCGCCGCUGGGGCGUCCAGGAACUCACGGGGCUGUCCGCGGAAGGCCGCCGCGCGCAGGAGUUCGUCUGCGAGCUGGGGCCACGGUUCAGGAGGCUGGAGGAGGGGCGCACGCCAAGGCCAAGGACCCGGAGUUCGCGCCAUUCAGCUGGAUUCACGGCCGCCAGGUCCAGCUCUGAUGAUUAAAGAUGAUGAAUGA